UUGCAAACGGCGAAGAGCAGCCGCGGAGCGGGAGGGAGGAGCAGCAGCACCCCCGAGCCCAGCCCGGCCAUGGGCAACGCGGCCGGGGGCAUGGAGGGGGGGCCGGCGGGGCGGGAGAACCGCGACCCCCGGCCCCCCGCCGCCCCCCCGAGCGCCGCCGCGCCGCCCGCCCGGCAGCCCAUGCCCGCCGCCGCCGAGCUGGAGGAGCGCUUCGGCCGCGUCCUGAACUCCAUGAACCUGCCCCCGGACAAGAUGAAGCUGCUCAACCAAUAUGACAACGAGAAGAAGUGGGAGCUCAUCUGUGACCAGGAGCGUUUCCAGGUGAAGAACCCACCGUCUGCCUACAUCCAGAAGCUGAAGAGCUACUUGGACACGGGUGGCGUAAGCAGGAAGUUCAAGAGGCGAGUGCAGGAGUCGACGCAGGUGCUCCGGGAGCUGGAGAUUUCCUUGAGGACCAACUACAUCGGCUGGGUCCAGGAGUUCCUUAAUGAGGAGAACAAGGGGCUGGACGUGCUGCUGGAGUAUCUCGCCUUCGCCCAGUGCUCUGUCGCGUAUGACAUGGAGAGCUCUGAGAACGGCAGCCCAGGCUCUGACAAGGGCAAGGUCCUGGAGCGGUCGGUGGAGGACCUGAACAAAAGCAACUCGUCGCCCCCCAGCCAGGGCUCCUCCAAAGCGCGGCACCUCACUGUAAGCUGCUGCCUCUCGAACCAGCACAUCCACACCCUCCUCCGCCACAUCCACCCCAGCGUCCCCUGCAGUGCCCCGGGCGGUGAUGGGGACCGUAGCCCCAGGUCACCCGGCAGCUCCUACCCGCUCCGGCUGAACCCCUCGCACAGCAGGAAGGCGCUGAGGAACUCCCGCCUGGUCAGCCAGAAGGACGAUGUCCACGUCUGCAUCAUGUGUCUCCGCGCCAUCAUGAACUACCAGUCUGGCUUCAGCCUGGUGAUGAACCACCCAGCCUGUGUCAACGAGAUCACCCUGAGCCUCAACAACAAGAACGCCAGGACCAAGGCACUGGUGCUGGAGCUGCUGGCCGCUGUCUGCCUGGUCCGAGGUGGCCACGACAUCAUCCUGGCUGCCUUUGACAACUUCAAGGAGGUCUGCGGGGAGAAGAACCGCUUUGAGAAGCUGAUGGAGUAUUUCCAAAACGAGGACACCAACAUUGACUUCAUGGUGGCCUGCAUGCAGUUCAUCAACAUCGUGGUGCACUCAGUGGAGAACAUGAACUUCCGCGUGUUCCUGCAGUACGAGUUCACCCACCUGGGGCUGGACCAGUACCUGGAGAGCCUCCGUCUCACUGAGAGCGACAAGCUGCAGGUACAGAUCCAAGCCUACCUGGACAAUGUCUUUGACGUGGGGGCCAUGCUGGAGGACUCGGAGACCAAGACGGCCGUGCUGGAACACAUGGAGGAGCUGCAGGAGCACGUCAACCAGUUGACGGAGAAGCUGCAGGAUGCAGAGAACGACUCCAUGGCCAAGAUAGCGGAGCUGGAGAAGCAGCUGAGCCAGGCGCGGCGGGAGCUGGAGGCGCUGCGGGAGCAGCUGAGCCCACCGCGGCCACCCAGCCCUCCGACCCCACAGCCCCAGGAGUGCUACCGGCUGGCGCUGGAGCGGCGGCUGGUGGAGCUGGAGGAGAAGGGUUUGGUGCAGAUCCUGCGUGGGCCCGACGGAGACGUCGCCAUCGAGAUUGUCCCCGUUGUCAUAGAAACAACAGCAGCCCCCGUGGUUACCCGAGAGGCCACCACCGCCACUGGCACAGAUGCUCCAGCUCUGGAUCCAGCCCCGGCUCCAGCCCCAUCCCCCGCCCCGGCACCCGCCGCCCCCCCGCCGCCCCCCCCACCUCCGCCGCCCCCCCCGCUGCCGGGGGCUGAUCCCGGCCCCCCGGUGCCCCCCGCACCCCCCCUGCCCGCAGGCACCGGCCCCCCCCCGGCCCCUCCGUUCCCAGGAACCCAAGUGCCACCCCCACCCCCGCCACUCCCGGGGGGGCUGGAGGGGCCCGUCCCCCCCCCUCCACCAGUGCUGCCCCUCGGGGGGGGGCUCCCAGCGGGGCCGGGUGCCCCCAGUGCUGGCAGUGGUUCAGUGAAGGUGAAGAAGCCGAUCCAGACCAAGUUCCGCAUGCCCGUCUUCAACUGGGUGGCGCUGAAGCCGAGCCAGAUCGAUGGCACCGUCUUCAAUGAGCUCAACGACGAGAAGGUGCUGCAGGAGCUGGACAUGAGUGACUUUGAAGAGCAGUUCAAGACUAAGGCACAGGGCCCUGGCUUGGACAUCAGUGCCCUCAAGGCGAAGGCCACACAGAAGGCUCCCAACAAGGUCACUCUCAUGGAGUCCAACCGAGCCAAGAACCUGGCCAUCACCCUCCGCAAGGGGGGCCGCAGCAUCCAGGACAUCUGCACAGCCAUUGAGACGUAUGACCAGCAAGCCCUGAGCCUCGACUUCCUGGAGCUGCUGCUGCGCUUCCUGCCCACCGAGUACGAGCGGACGCUCAUCGGGAAGUUUGAGCGGGAGCAGCAGCCGCCGGAGGAGCUCUCGGACGAGGACCAGUUCAUGAUCCGCUUCAGCAAGAUCCCGCGCCUGGCCGAGCGCAUGAACGUCAUGAUCUUCCUGGGCAACUUCAGCGACACGGCCCAGCUGCUCAUGCCACAACUCAACGCCAUCAUUGCCGCAUCCAUGUCCCUCAAGUCCUCCAGCAAACUGCGCAACAUCCUCGAGAUUGUCCUGGCCUUUGGGAACUACAUGAACAGCAGCAAGCGUGGGGCAGCCUAUGGCUUCCGGCUGCAGAGCCUCGAUGCGCUCCUGGAGAUGAAGUCGACCGACCGCAAGCAGACGCUGCUGCACUACCUGGUGCGGGUGAUCACGGAGAAGUACCCUGGGCUGACCGGCUUCCACACCGAGCUGCACUUCCUCGACAAGGCGGGCACAGUGUCCCUGGACAGCGUGCUGCAGGACGUGCGGAGCCUGCAGCAGGGCAUGGAGCUCACCCGCAAAGAGUUCAUGCGGCAGGACGACAGCCCCGUGCUCAAGGACUUCCUCAAGGUCAACUCGGAGGUGAUGGAGAAGCUGCAGGCUGACAGCAAAACCGCCAAGGAGGCAUUUGAGUCGGCGGUGGAGUAUUUUGGGGAGAACCCCAAGACCAGUCCCCCCACCACCUUCUUCCCCAUGUUCAUGCGAUUCAUCAAAGCUUACAAGAAAGCAGAGCAGGACAUCGAGCUGUGGAAGAAACAAGAGGCCGCAGCCAAAGAGGCAGAAUCCGGCUCCCCCAGCAGCGAGAACCAGCCUGAGCUGCCCAUCCAGAAAGCCAGGCGGCAGCAGAUGGACAUGAUCGCCGAGCUGAAGAAGAAGCAGAUGGUGAAGGAGCCACUUAUCUACGAAGGAAAAGAUGGGGCCAUUGAGGAUAUUAUUUCAGCUCUGAAAACUGUUCCUUUCACAGCCCGGACGGGCAAACGCUCGUCCCGGCUCUUCUGCGACGUGAGCUUCAAUGAGGAGAGUCCUCUGUAGAUCUGAGGAACAACCCGUACCGGCGCGCUGACAAGGGCCGCGGCAGCUCCAAGAAACGGGCUGCGGGGCAGAGCCUGCAGGCGACGCCGGACAUCCCGCUGUGACCGGCGCCGGCCCUGCAGCGGCCAGGACCAGGGCAGGAGCAUCAUCCUGACCACGGGAUGUGAACGGGGACACCGCGGGGCGCAGGGACAGCGCCCGCUCCUGGCUGCUCCAGCCGCUUCGCGUGCCAGCUCCCCCUGCAUGCCCCUGGGUCUGGCGCAGGGAUCCUCCGGCGCUUGCUUAGCGAUGCCUCUGAGCUCCUCUCCUCCAGGCUGGCAGGGCUAGGGACCCUCCUGGCCAUGGGCAUGGAGAGGGGAGCACAGAAAGGACCCCAAAUUGUCCUGGAAGGAAAAGAGGGGCUGCCCCAUCCCUACUCCAGAGCUGCUCCAUUGCACGCCCGUCUCAGGCUCAGCCCUGCGCUGGCGUGCUCCACUCUUCAGCUUGCUGGUGCCUUUGAUUUCCCGCUGCAGGAGGGGAGGCGGGCUGGGAGCCAGGGAUGCAGCGAUCCCUGCCCAUCUCCAUCUCCCCCGGCCUUGCAGAGCCCUUUGAGACCCAAGUUCUCCUCCGCUGCAGAGCCGAGGAGCUCCAAUCCAGCGAGGAGCCUGCUGCAAAGAUCCCACCCUGGGCACAUCCCGUGCCCCAGAGGCUGGCAGGGGUGCUAUUUUACAAUGAUUUUAUAUGUCUUCCUUAAAAUUCUCUGUGCUGCGGGAUCAGAGGCUGGAACACCCACAUACAAGGUCUCACUGGGAUCUGCAGGCUGUGGUGAUCAGCACUGGGUUGUUCCUCACCACGGGGGAGGCUCUGUAGCUACAACAAUCAGGAUUUACUGUCCUCAAGUCUCUGUGGGGUGGCUCCAGCUCUGCGCACUGUCACCCACCUCUGCUGUUGGGGCUGGAGCCUCUUGGAGACAACAGUGACCACGGUCCCUCGGGGAGCAGCCAGCAGCAGGCACUGGGCAGAACCUCCAGCCCUUGAGCAACCACCAUGAUCCCAAACCGCUGCAGGGUCACUGCUGCAAUGGUGCAGGAGCUACACGAGCCUCCAGUAACGCGCUGGACUCAAUUCCUCCCCUGCCCUGCUGCUGCUGCUGCUAACUCCAAACCAUGCACUUCACAAUUAACCUUUAAUGCAUUUACAUCGUUAAAUGGCCUCGCUUGCCCCAGCUCUUAGACCAGGGUAAGGCCUCGCUGCAGAGCCCGAGCAGCGGCUGCUUCCUGCUGUAAGUAAGAUGCUAAGCACCGGCUCGGUACCACCCACAAGCUCGAAGGGGAGGGAAGGGAAAUGAAUGUGUAACUUAUAAAUGCCUUUAAGCCAGGAAUGUAAAACAUUAACUGCUCAUUUGUAUACAUUAUUUUUAUAUACCGAAGGCCCGUUUAAUCUAAAGUAGAACUGGUAAUAAAAUGACUCUGAGGAUAAAGCA